AUGUCACCACAAAGCUUUAGCCAGCCAGCUCAUCAUUCUCACACUCCACGGGACGAAGAUCAGUUCAACAGUUCUACUUCCGAACGGCGCAGCUCGCUUUCUCGACGUCGAGCGGCAGCCGCAGGAUCAAGCAAUAUCUCGUCCAGCACUGACAUUCGGUUGCGGGAGUUGAAACCGGCGAAUAAGUCUACCACGCUCUUUUCCGCCGACGACCAUACCAAGCCAUCUUAUACUUCAGCAGAGGAGGAUUCGGAUGGAGACAUGGCAAUCGGACGCCCCAGCAUGCAGCGCCCGGGCGAGAGCCGGUCCAAGGUGCCGCUCUUGAAGGGCGAAAGCCGUGGACGGUCUGCGAGCGUCGGCCCGGCCAGCAUGGAAGAAGGACGGCCAUCUCUGUCUCGAGCACGGCCGAGUUUUAGAAGCAAAAGUCCGGAUUUUGGAGCAAAUAAUGCCACAAGGAAGAAAUAUAUCAUUGCUGCCUUUGCAUUGUUCAUCAGUCUUAUCAGCUUUACAGUGCAGACUCAGACUGCCGUUUAUAUCCAGCAGGAGUUGGGAUGGAAUAAACCAUAUUGCAUGCUUUACCUUACACAUGGCUCGUGGAUUUUCCUAUGGCCGGUCCAGCUGCUUGUUCUUCGAAUUCAAAAGAGACAUCUCACAUGGUCUGCAUUCUGGCGUAAACAUGUCUAUAUCCUACAGACAACGGCACAGAUGGUCGAGACUCAGGAACUGCAUCUCACCACCCGCCAGUCGAACAAGUCUCCGAUCCCUUAUAUGGUCAGGACGACGGUCUUCGUGGCCUUGGCUCUCACCAUAGCAGGAGGGUCCUGGUACGUUGCCGUUGACCUAACCACCAGCAGUGACCUGACUGCGAUCUACAAUUGUUCCGCCUUUUUUGCCUACGCAUUCUCCAUCCCCCUACUCAACGACAAACUACGAUUCGAUAAAGUCUUCUCUGUCGGUGUUGCUAUCGUUGGCGUCAUUAUUAUUGCAUAUGGCCCCGGUGGUCCUCCGGAAGGUGCCCCUGCGGGAGAUGCAGAGACCCUCAAAGCAUCUAACAGGGCGUUGGGUAAUAUUAUUAUUGGCAUUGGCAGUGUUCUUUAUGGGCUAUACGAGGUUUUGUUUAAACGGUUUGCUUGCCCGCCGGAAGGGACAAGCUCGGGUCGCGGCGUCAUAUUUGCAAACACCUUCGGGAGCAUGAUCGGUCUAUUUACACUUCUCGUUCUUUGGAUUCCUUUACCCAUCUUCCAUCUCCUUGGUUUGGAAACCUUCCAGCUGCCACGGGGAGAAACUGCGUGGCUUCUUAUCAUUUCCACCCUUUCAAAUGCCACUUUCUCGGGAUCAUUCUUAGUUCUUAUCUCUCUUACCUCACCGGUCCUCUCGUCUGUCGCAGCACUUCUCACCAUCUUCCUGGUUACCCUCGUUGAUUGGAAAUUCAACCACAAAGCACUCGGUUUCACAUCUAUCGUUGGUGGUAUCUUGAUCACCGUUGCCUUCCUACUUUUAAGCUGGAGCACAUAUCGUGAACUAGACGAGGAACGAAAGAAGCGACUGGAAGACGAAGGUCCGGACUCGGAGUCUGACGAAUGA